UAUUAACACAUCAGCGCCCGCCAUUUUAUUAUCAAAGCCCCCACCAAACCUAACGUUGGCUGCACUACAGCUUCAGUACUUCCCAGGUGCGUUUUAAUACUGCCUCUCUCCAUACAAUGGGACACGAGAACGUUAUUUCCGACCAAUCCGGCGACGAUCCGCUAACCAACAGAUGGUAAUUUCAUAUAUUUUUUUUCUUCUACUGGCUAACGAUGAAUUAUAUUAUAUUAUAUUAUGGUAAAAGGUAAUUUAGUGUUAGCACGGUCGUCUUAUUGCCGAUGGUCGUCUGUGAUUUUUCGAUUUUCGUGUCCAGAGUAGAGAUCGCGCCGCGAAAUGUGAACGAAAUGGAUUUGUGAGUUGUUUCUGUUGAGUUUUUGUGAACAUGACGUCGUAUUUUGGAAGUUACCAAUUUCAAGGCCAAGGUCGAGUGAAUCAACUCGGUGGAGUCUUCAUCAACGGCCGUCCGUUACCCAAUCACAUCCGAUUGAAAAUAGUCGAAAUGGCAGGAGCUGGCAUAAGGCCUUGCGUCAUAUCCAGACAAUUACGAGUGUCCCACGGUUGCGUUUCAAAAAUUUUAAACAGAUACCAAGAGACUGGUAGCAUAAGACCUGGAGUGAUUGGCGGUUCCAAGCCCAGAAUUACAACUAGAGAAAUCGAAGACCGAAUAGAGCAAAUGAAAAAGGACUAUCCUGGAAUUUCUACCUGGGAGAUACGGGAACGAUUAUUAAAGGAAGGUAUAAGCGAACCUCCUAGUGAGUCUUCAAUAGGCAAACUUUUGCGGAGUAAUGGUAAGCGCGAACCUGAUUUGGAUGGAAAAAAGGAUUACACCAUUGAUGGAAUUCUUGGAGGCCGUGAAGACGACAGUGAUACGGAAUCCGAGCCAGGAAUUCCUUUAAAACGCAAACACCGACGUCCCAGAACGACAUUUUCCGGGGAGCAGCUGGAAACUCUGGAACAGGCUUUCGCUCGUACACAAUACCCGGACGUUUAUACGAGAGAGGAAUUGGCAAAGCAGAGUGGCUUAACCGAAGCGAAAAUACAAGUUUGGUUUUCCAAUAGACGGGCUCGUUUAAGGAAAAGCUCUGGAAGUGCAGUUGCAAGUAGUUUGGGAUUUCCUUCGUUACCUUUGGCAAAUAUGACUUGUCAGUAUCCUACAGAAGCUCAAUAUGACUGGAGGAAUUCGCAAUUAGCCAAUUAUAAUAUGUUUCAGCAAUCUCAAAGUUCCUAUACUCCGAACGAUUAUCCACGACCAGAUUACUCGGCGAAUUUCGCUAAUUACGCUCUAGCCCACGCUCAAAUCUCUCAAGCUCAUGCCAAUAAUUUGAGCAGGUUGAAAGAGCACGCCAAGGAGCCAACGAGUACUCACACGAGUCAACAUGGAGCCAAUAACGAGCACCAGUGGACGAAACACGAAGAGUGGAGCAAUAAUUUGUCGUCCAACGAUAGCGGGUAUCCUGGGGAGGCUGCUUUCACUCAACAGAGUCAGUUUUUGGGAGGCGGAAGCAAAAACUAUUGGGCUUAG